AUUGGCCAAAACAUACCAAAAUAAAAAGAUGGCUUCUCUAUAACCGCUACACAUAACCUCAAUUCAGUUUGUAACAUUUUGUUGUAGUGAGUUUUAUAUGUAUGUGGAUGAAAAUAAGGGUAUAUUGUGUAAAAUAACUUUGCCAUGGCGGACGCAGCUGCCAGACAGUUGCAAUAUGAAUAUAAGGCGAAUUCAAAUCUUGUACUCCAAGCUGAUGUACGUCUGAUAGAACGCCGUGGUAGAGAUGAGGCGACGGGCGAGGUGCUUUCCUUGUCGGGUAAGCUUGGUGGGACCAAGAUGGGUGAUCGAGCACAACGCACCAAGCCAGAUAAGGCUGAGGAGAGAAAGGCUAAACGUCAGAAACGUGACGAAGCUACAUACGAAUUGUCUAAAUCGAAGACAGCCCGUGCAGCAUGGGCUGAUGAUACACCGGGCGUGUUAUACCGUCCGAGGACACAACACACGCGGCAUGCGUAUGAAUUACUGCUAUCCUUUAUGCAGAGCACACUUGGAGAUCAGCCUAGAGGACUGCUGUGUGGAGCUUGUGAUGAGGUCCUAAUGGUACUAAAGAAUGAUAAACUAAAAGAUCCGGAAAGAAAGAAAGAGAUAGAAGUUCUAAUUGGUGCGCUACCAGAUGAAAGGUUCGCAUUACUAGUGAACCUUGGCAAGAAGAUUACUGAUUUUAAUGUAACAUCGUCCGAGGGUAACACAGAAAUAGAUGAGACAUAUGGUAUUAACGUGCAGUUUGAAGAAUCUUCGGAAGAAGAUGAUGAGGAUGCAUACGGAGAGGUGCGGGAUGAGGAUAAAGAGGAAGGGGAGGGAUCGGACAAUGAGCAGGGGAAAGAGAGUAGUGCAGAAGAUGAUAGUGAUGGAGAAGGGAAGAAGAACAGCAUACAUGCUAAUCUCUCCGAAGAACAAACACAGAAGCGACGAGAUGCGACUCUUCAUCCAAUGGAUAUAGACGCGUACUGGCUGCAGCGCCGCCUCUCCCGGCACUUCCCUGAUGCCAUGCUGUCGCAGGCUAAGUCCAGUGAGGUGAUGAAGGCUCUCGCUGAGGCGGCAGACGACCGAGACCUGGAGAACAGACUAGUCUUGUUACUGGGUUAUGAUUGCUUUGACUUUGUUAAAGUACUCAAUAAAUAUAGAUAUACAAUCUUGUACUGCACGAAGUUGGCGUCAUCACAGUCUGAGAACGAGAGACAGAGCAUCCGCGAGGAGAUGUCCCGGCAGCCGCAUCUGAUGAAGAUCCUGGCGCAGCUGGAGACAGGGAAGGGGGAUGAAGAGACGGCUCAGCAAUCAGAAGCACCUCGUAAGCGUCAGAAGGCGGAGACGGAGACGGUGGAGGGAGGUGGUCAGGUGUUAGGCUCGAGGAAGGUGCUGGCUCUGGAUGAGCUGGUGUUCGCAGCGGGAUCACACUUUAUGGCCAACAAACGGUGUCAGUUACCACCAGGGUCUUUUAGAAAACAGAGAAAAGGUUACGAAGAAGUCCAUGUACCAGCCUUGAAACCUAAACCAUUUGAUGAAGACGAGACUUUGGUUGCUGUUGAAAAGUUACCUAAAUAUGUACAACCUGCGUUUGAAGGAUUUAAAACAUUAAAUAGAAUACAGAGUCGUAUAUCAAAAGCAGCGUUAGAAAGUGACGAGAAUCUCCUAGUUUGUGCUCCGACCGGCGCUGGUAAGACGAACGUGGCGUUGCUUUGUGCGUUACGAGAAGUUGGGAAACAUGUUAACGAUGAUGGGACUGUGAGUGUGCAAGACUUCAAGAUUAUAUAUGUAGCGCCGAUGCGCUCGCUCGUACAGGAAAUGGUGGGAAACUUCAGUAAACGUCUCGCAGCUUACAAUAUGAAGGUAUCAGAAUUGACUGGAGAUCAUCAGUUAACGAGAGAACAGAUUGACGCAACACAGCUGAUUGUGUGCACACCAGAGAAAUGGGAUAUUAUUACAAGGAAGGGUGGAGAAAGAUCGUUCACAAAUCUAGUACGUCUGAUAAUCAUAGAUGAGGUACAUCUUCUCCAUGAUGAGAGAGGACCCGUGUUAGAAGCGCUCGUAGCAAGGACUCUACGUACUGUGGAACACACGCAGGAGGAGGUCCGUCUUGUCGGUCUGUCGGCCACGUUGCCCAACUACACUGAUGUCGCUGCAUUCCUGCGCGUGCGACCUGAAAAGGGACUGUUUUAUUUUGAUAAUUCUUUCAGGCCAGUAGCACUGGAACAGCAAUACAUCGGUGUGACAGAGAAGAAAGCGCUGAAAAGAUUUCAAGUUAUGAAUGAUAUUGUAUAUGAGAAGACAAUGGAGCAUGCUGGCAGGAAUCAGAUCCUAGUUUUCGUGCAUUCCCGUAAAGAGACGGGGAAAACUGCGCGUGCGAUUCGAGACAUGUGCUUAGAGAAAGAUACAUUAGGACAGUUUCUAAGAGAGGGGUCAGCGAGUGUGGAAGUGCUGCGUACGGAGGCAGAGCAGGUGAAGAAUCCGGAGUUAAGGGAAUUAUUGCCGUACGGCUUCGCGAUACAUCACGCCGGUAUGAGCAGGGUGGACAGAACCCUCGUUGAAGAUUUGUUCGCUGAUAGACAUAUACAGGUGUUAGUGUCAACGGCGACGUUAGCGUGGGGAGUGAACCUGCCCGCGCACACAGUGAUAGUGAAGGGCACGCAGGUGUACUCGCCGGACAAGGGCCGCUGGAGCGAGCUGGGCGCGCUCGAUGUGCUGCAGAUGUUGGGUCGUGCUGGACGACCUCAGUACGAUACUAAGGGAGAGGGUAUCCUGAUAACGAACCACUCGGAGCUGCAGUACUACCUGUCGCUGCUAAACCAGCAGCUGCCGAUAGAGUCCCAGCUGGUGAGCAAGUUGCCGGACAUGCUCAAUGCGGAGAUCGUCCUCGGCUCAGUGCAGAGCGUGCGGGAUGCUGUCACAUGGCUAGGUUACACAUAUCUGUAUGUACGUAUGUUACGAGCACCAUCUCUAUAUGGAAUAUCAUCAGACAAGAUGCAAGAGGAUACAUUACUGGAGUUACAUCGAGCUGAUUUGAUACACACGGCCGCAUCGCUUCUUGAUAAGGCCGGAUUAGUAAAAUAUGAACGUAAAUCGGGACACUUCCAACCGACGGAGCUCGGUCGUAUUGCGUCGCAUUAUUAUUGUACGUAUGAAACUAUGCAAUCGUACAAUCAGUUGUUGAAACCUACUCUAGGAGAGAUCGAAUUGUUCCGUGUGUUCUCGUUGUCGGCGGAAUUUAAACAUAUUGCGGUACGAGAUGAGGAGAAACUGGAAUUACAUAAGUUAAUGGAAAGGGUGCCGAUACCAAUAAAAGAAAGCAUAGAAGAGCCAUCAGCGAAGAUCAAUGUGUUAUUACAAGCGUAUAUAUCACAAUUGAAGUUGGAAGGUUUCGCCCUGAUGGCGGACAUGGUGUAUGUGACGCAGUCCGCGUGUAGGCUGCUCAGAGCUAUAUUUGAGAUUGUACUGCAUAGAGGUUGGGCGCAGUUAGUAGACAAAACUCUGGCGCUAUGCAAAAUGGUCGAUCGCCGCAUGUGGCAGUCAAUGUCUCCGUUACGGCAAUUCAGGAAGAUGCCGGAAGAGGUGAUAAAGAAAUUAGAAAAGAAGAACUUCCCAUGGGAAAAACUAUAUGAACUAGGACCUAACGAGAUUGGGGAAUUAGUGCGUGCUCCCAAACUGGGCAAAAUGAUACACAAGUAUGUGCACCAGUUUCCCAGACUAGAGCUGGCGACUCACAUCCAGCCCAUCACCAGGUCCACCCUCAGGGUGGAGCUCACCAUCACUCCUGACUUCCAAUGGGAUGAAAAGAUCCAUGGUCAAUCGGAGGCAUUCUGGGUGCUGGUGGAAGAUGUGGACUCCGAAGUAGUACUCCAUCAUGAAUAUUUCCUACUCAAGCACAAAUACUGCAGAGACGAGCAACAUGUCAAAUUAUUUGUGCCAGUAUUUGAACCUCUGCCUCCGCAAUAUUUCCUACGAGUUGUGUCUGACCGUUGGAUAGGAGCAGAGACACAAUUGCCAGUCUCCUUCCGUCACCUCAUACUGCCAGAGAAGAAUUUACCUCCCACCGAGCUGUUAGACUUACAGCCGCUGCCGGUCACAGCGCUACGAAAUAAUAACUACGAAGCUUUGUACAAUGAAACGUUCCCGCAGUUCAAUCCUGUGCAAACCCAGGUGUUCAACGCGGUGUACAAUUCUGAUGACAACGUGUUUGUAGGCGCGCCCUCCGGGUCGGGCAAAUCAGUGAUCGCUGAACUUGCCCUACUGAGGUUGUUGUCGACUAACGCGGGCGGGCGGGCGGUAUAUGUAUUGCCUAAAGACGCUCUUGCUGAUAUAGUGUUCGCGGAUUGGUAUCAUAAGUUUGGUACUAAGUUUAACUUGAAGGUUGUACAACUUACUGGAGAGACGGCGACUGACCACAAGCUGCUGAACAAGGGUCAGAUUAUCAUCACCACCGCGGAGAAAUGGGACGUACUGUCUAGACGAUGGAAGGUCCGCAAGAGCGUGCAGAACGUGUCGCUGGUGAUCGUGGACGCGCUGCAGCUGCUGGGCGGCGAGGAGGGGCCCGUGCUGGAGGUGGUCUGCUCCAGGAUGCGCUACAUCAGCUCGCAGAUAGGUCGUCCUAUCCGUAUAGUGGCACUAUCUCUGCCGCUGGCGGACGCACGCGAUGUAUCCCAGUGGCUCGGCUGCAACUCCAACGCCUCCUUCAACUUCCACCCCAGCGUGAGACCGCUGCCGCUAGAGCUGCAUAUACAGGGUUUCAACAUAUCCCACGCCGCGUCUCGCCUGGCAGCGAUGACUAAACCGAUAUACAACGCCAUCUGUCGGUUCGCGGGCACGAAGCCGUGCGCCGUGUUCGUGCCCUCGCGCCGACACGCGCGCCUGCUGGCAGCUGACCUGCUGGCGCUGGCCGCAGCUGCUGGCAGGUCAGGCAGGUUCCUGAGAGCAAGGCAGGAUCUGGUGAAACCCUUCCUUGAUAGGGUUAAGGAUAAGAUGUUAAAGGAAACUCUAGCAGCCGGAGUGGCAUAUUUGCACGAGGGCGUGGAGCCGUCCGACCGGCGGCUGGUGCAGCAGCUGCUGGAGUCGGGCGCGGCGCAGCUGUGCGUGCUGGCGGCCGAGCUGGCGUGGGCCUUCGCCGCGCAUGUGCACACUGUCAUCGUGGCUGACACGCAUGUAUACAACGGCAAACUGCACUCCUACGAGCAGUAUCCGAUAACGACGGUGCUGCAGAUGUUGGGUCGCGCGUGCCGCCCGCUGGAGGACGAUCGCGCGGUCGCAGUGCUGAUGUGCGCUGCUCACCACAAGACCUUCUUCACCAAACUGCUAAAUGAUUGUCUACCGUUGGAGAGCCACUUGGACCACAGACUGCACGACCAUAUGAACGCGGAGAUCGUCACCAAGACAAUAGAGAACAAGCAGGAUGCUGUCGACUACCUCACCUGGACCUUCCUCUAUAGAAGAUUGACACAGAAUCCUAAUUAUUACAACUUGCAAGGAGUCACACAUAGACAUCUAUCGGAUCAUCUAUCUGAGCUGGUGGAGACGACACUAUCAGAACUGGAGCAGUCGAAAUGUAUCGCGAUUGAGGACGAGAUGGACGUGCGGCCGCUCAACCUCGGCAUGAUCGCCUCAUACUACUACAUCAAUUAUACUACUAUUGAACUGUUCAGCCUGUCGUUAACCAGCAAGACGAAGAUCCGAGGUCUUCUGGAGAUCAUAUCCUCGGCCGCGGAGUACUCAGACCUCUGCAUCCGACACCGAGAGGAGAACAUCAUCAAGACAUUAGCAGCUAAAGUGCCUCAUAAACCUGCCGCUGGUGCUGGUGCCGGUGCCGGUGCGGGUGUGCGCUACAACGACCCGCACGUGAAGGCGCACGUGCUGCUGCAGGCGCACCUCUCCCGCAUGCAGCUGCCCGCGGAGCUGCAAGCUGAUACAGCUCUCGUACUCACUAAGGCUAUCCGUCUUAUCCAGGCGUGUGUGGAUGUGGUCUCCAGCAGCGGCUGGCUGGCUCCAGGUGUGGCUGCGAUGGAGCUGGCUCAGAUGGUGACGCAGGCGAUGUGGGCGAAGGAUUCUUACCUUCGUCAGCUGCCGCACUUCACACAGGAGAUGGUGCAGAGAUGCUCAGAGAAGGGUGUGGAGACGGUGUUCGACGUGAUGGAGCUGGAGGACGCGGCGCGCGGCAAGCUGCUGCAGCUCUCGCCCACGGAGAUGGCAGACGUCGCCAGGUUCUGCAACAGGUAUCCUAAUGUGGAACUCACUUAUGAGGUUAAAAACGAACGCCGUUUACGCGUAGGCAAGCCGAUAGUGGUGGAAGUGUCUCUCGAGAGAGAAGACGAGAUCGUUGGACCUGUUAUUGCGCCGUUCUUCCCGCAGAAACGUGAAGAAGGCUGGUGGGUGGUAAUCGGUGAACCUAAGAGCAACAGCCUCCUCUCCAUAAAGCGUGUCUCGCUAGGGCGCUCCGCCCGGCUGCGGCUGGACUUUGUGAGCGGCGCUCCCGGCCGCCACACGUACACCCUCUACUUCAUGUCAGAUUCAUAUCUGGGCGCUGAUCAGGAGUACAAGUUUACUGUGGACGUGGAUGAUGCGCCGCAGACUGAUUCUAGCGAUUCAGAAUAAAAUUAAUUGGCAACACUAAAAAUUGCCAAAGACGGUAUGUGGCAACCUUAGAUUUUAUUAAGAUUGUUUGUGACAACCCUACAAAUUCUUUAAGAUGGUAUGUGACAACCCUAAAAAUGUGACAUGAUUUCAAUAGUGUGACAACCUUGAAAACUAGGUAAGGUCGAAUGUAACAACCCUAAGUAUAAAAGUUAAAAAAAUAAAAGAGAUAUCCAUAGAAAA